AUCCCACAAUGAGAAGUCCGUCAUCAAGCUCAACAAGGACAAACUCUUCAAUUUUGAAACUUACCGGGCGAGGUCACAUGGCUCAGAACAAUCGAAACCUGAAGGAGAUACAAGUAUCGCGGAUGCGACUGAGACUGGUAUGUUUUCUGCUGAUGGUCUCAAUUUCGAUAUACCCGCCCUCGCAGAUGCAUCCGGCCUAUGGGAGGAGACAUUUAACUCGUUUGUCGAUGCCAAGCCCCGCGGACCAGCUGCUGUUGGUAUCGAUGUCACCAUGGUGGCAUCUCGACAUGCAUAUGGCUUGGCUGGUCACUCGACAAGUCUUGACUUGCCCCGCUUAGAGGAACCCUAUAGGAUAUACAAUACCGAUGUCUUCGA